CCACUGGGUUCCAGCAAACUGGAGGAUGAGAUCCGCACAGUGGCACAGACCAAGAGGGUCAGAGUGUCCGAGUUCUUCAAAGACUUUGACAGACUCAGAUCUGGCUUCAUCACAGCCUCCCAGUUCAAGCGCUGUCUGGACCAGAACCUCGGCAUUCAGCUGACCCCGCAGGAUGAGGUCAUGCUUCUGGACAAGUAUGACCUGAAGAGGGAGGGCAUGGUCAACUACAGGCUCUUCACAGAUGCCAUUGAUCAAGCCUUUGAUCCCAACUUCAUGACCCCGACUCCCCAGGCUCUGACCCACACCCCUGUGGAAUUCCUGGGUACGCAGCGUUCCCUGCGCCCACUGAGCCCGGGCUCCCUGCAGCGCGUCAGGGACAUCCUGGAGAGAAUGCAGCCGUUUUACAAGUACCACGGCAUCAACCUCAGGACUUCCUACGAGGACUUCGACAGGCACCAUAAAGGGGUGGUCACAGAGAGCCAGUUUUAUCGCAGUUUCCCCGGACCUCCUGACAUCACAGACGAGGAGAAGUACCUACUGGCCUGUCGCUAUGCUGACCCUGACAGACCGGGCCUGUGUAACUACCUGAACCUACACCACGACCUGGAGCAGAUAGCUGAGGACCUGAGAGACCCGGGCAUCAGCCCACCAUCAGAUCCUCUCCCCACCUACGGAUGGUGGCCAGCUGAGCCCCCAGCAGAUCCCGUCAUUCGGGAACUCUUCGAGAAAAUCCGCAAGGCCGUGUACAAGAACGGCAUCCGCACCAUCGAGUUCUUCCGCGACCACGACAAGCUUCGGAGCGGGAUCAUCACAGAGAACCAGUUCGUGUGCGGCCUCGCCUUGGCGGUCGGGAAGGAGGCGAACCUGGCUCGCACGGAGAUCCAGAAACUUGCGGACUACUACAAGACAGACGAUGGAAGAGUCAGAUACAGGGAGUUUUGCGACCUCAUGGAGAACGCAUACAAUGUACCAGACCUGGAGAAGAAGCCGACUGUGGACCCCAUCCGACCUCCCCGCGGGGCUCUGACAAGGUCCCUGAACCCACUGACGCCAGAGGAGGAGGACAGAGUACAACAGGUUCUGGAAGAAAUGAGAGAAACGGCUCGCAAGAGGCGGCUCAUGAUGUACCCUUACUUCAAGGACUACGAUCGGGGCAUUGCAUACACCCGUAAUGUCACCAAGUCCCAGUUUGGCCGCAUCCUGCAUUUCCUGAGCCUGAACAUCAACCCUCCGGACUUCAAGCUGCUCUGUCGGAAGUUCGAGGAACCCAUCAGCGGAGACGUCAACUACCCUGCCUUCGUACAAGCCGUCGAUAAAGAAUUCACAGGCUUCACAGUCGACAAAGAGACGCCCAAACCAAUGGUCAGCCCUGAACCGGACGUCCCGUCCCUUCCCAUCAGCACCGGCCAUGUCAACCUCGGCGAGGUGAUCUCACGCAUCCGCCAUCACGCGGUCGUCAACCGUAUCCGGGUGGCGGAAUUCUUCCAGGACUUUGACCCGCUGCGAAGCGGUUCGAUCACGAAGCCGAUCUUCCGGAGGGGCCUUUGUUUGAUGGGGUUCCCUGAUUUGCCAAACGACCAGUUCGCUGCGUUGGCGGAGCAUUACACCGACCCCAAACAGCCUGACAAGGUGGUGUGGACCCGCUUCCACGAUGAGAUCGAAUCAGCUUUCACCCAGAAAGGCCUGGAGAAGACCCCAACCCAUGCGGUCCCCUCCACAGAAGUCUUCCAGAUGGCAAAACCAGGCACCAUUCACUGGGAUACCCAGGCGCCGGAGGAUUGGAAGAGCGUUGUGGACGCUGCCAUGCACCGCAUGAGGGAGAAGGCUGCACAGAGGAGGCUUCUUUCCAAGCCUGUCUUCCAAGACUUUGACAGGCACAACUAUGGAUACGUGACCCUGUCCCAGUUCCGCCAGUGCCUGACUUAUCUGAGUCUUGAUGCUACUGAGGAAGAGGCAGCUGCCAUCGAGGCCAAGUUUUCUGACAAAACUGGAUUCAACUACCUAAGGUUCCUAGCGGAGCUGCAGCCCACCCCAGCCCAGGAGCUGAUGUACCAGAGGCGACUCAAGGAGCUCACACUGGUGAACCAGCAGAAGCAGCUGCCGGAAAUGAACGCAGCCUCCAACCUCGCUGGAGUCAUGUUCAAGAUCAAGGACAAGGUGGCGAAGGAGCGUACCCGUGUGUUGGAGUGGAUGCGAGACUACGACAAGCUGCGGACGGGCCGCAUGAAGAAGAAGAACUUCAGGCGUGCUUUGGACCUCUGCAAGUUUGAGCUGAAGCCCUCCGAAGUCAUCAUAUUGGAAAGAGAGUUCCAGUCCCCCGUAGACCCAGACUUCGUGGAGUACCUGCGGUUCUCGGACGAGGUGGAGUCCAUCUUCACCAUCAAGGAGCUGGAGAAGAUGCCGGAGGUGACGCCGGAGCAGUUCAAGCCGCCGGUGGAGUGGCAGCUCAACGUCCUGUCCGAGGAGAACGAGGCCAUGGUCAAGAGCACCAUGGAGAGGAUCGCAGAGAAGGUCAAGAAACACCGCAUGCAGCUCUUCCCGCCUUUCGAAGACUUCGACCGGGUCAACAAUGGCACCGUUUCUCGCUCCCAGUUCAAGAGAGUCCUGACCGAGCUGGAACUGGGCAGCCUCGUCAACCACCGGGAGUACGUCUCUCUGUUCCAGAAGUUCAUGGUACGAGUCGGAGGGAGGGAGGACGUGAACUACAUCGCGUUCUGUGAAAUGGUGUAUGCGAUCGCCGGAUUUGAGUGGAGAAAACCCUGAAAUGUCUCAUAUGAGUAGUAGAGAAGGAGGUUUUGUACACAGUGUUUUCAAUGUAUCUAAACAUUCCAGAAAAGUGAAGAAAAAAAUUGUUGUGUCACCUUUCAGACCUUGUCUUGUAAUUAGUUUUUCCUGGUCUGUUGUAAAAAGCAAGGCACAGAUAAACAUUCCAGAAAAGUGAAGAGAGAAAAAACUUGUUUUGCCACUUUUCAGACCUUGUAAUGUACAUGUAAUUAGUUUUCCCUAGACUGUUGUAAAGAACAAGGCACACUGUCUGUCCCAGAUAACAAAUGAUGGUGUCGCAUUCAACAUUAGCAAAUGUUAUCUGCCAUGGAUUCUACAGGAGCACUUUCCAAAGAUACGAAUGGUACUGCAGAUAUGAGAUUUGCACAUUGUGCUGCUUUAUUUAUAUUUCUACAGACAAUAGAAAUAUCUGAACAAAUGUGUCAAAAAUGUACCCCACUGGUAUUAUGUGAAUGAAUGCACUAUAAAAAGUCUCCAUGCAGCUUUGUAGCUCCGAAUUCUGUGCCUUAGUAUCUGUUUCCGUCCAAUUAACAUUUGACAUUCCUUCAGUUAAUAAACAGAGACACAUGAAGUGCUUUGUCAUAAACUUUGUACAUAUGUUUCUUAAUGAAUUUAUCAACAUUUUGUUACAAUUACAAGAAGAUGAAUUAGACUUCUUUCUCCAUAAAUGAUACUGUUCAUACCAUUCUUUGUUAUAGCUGAAGCUCAGAAUACUAGUACUAGUAUUGGCUAUUAUGGGUAACACUGAAUGAAGUUUUACAGCCAAUACAAUUUGUAGUAAAUUAAAUCUUUACUUACUUAUACAUUUGUGUCAAAAGUUGCACCAUUUCAGUGAAGUACACCCUAACGUGUGCUAAGUUGAUGCAGUUUGAAAUAUUGUAAUUUUCACCUAUGCAACAUUCACUAGCCACAGUACAUGAUGAAAUCAAAGAUUAAGGGCAAUAAAGAAAGUUGUUACUCAGAGUGAAAAAAAGCUUUGUCCAGACUUCUUU